AUGCCAACCUCCAAAUACUUCGCGCAAGUGCCUCCCUUUCCAGACGACACACCCACGGUAGACCUCCCCACAAUCUCACUGCACAGACUAAAAGCCCACGACCCCAUCGAGUCCCAGAACUUGUUUACCGCGUCCCGUGAAUGGGGGUUCUUCCUCCUUGACCUCCGCGAGGACGACCAGGGCGUGCGCCUGAUGCGCCAAGCGGAGAAGAUGUUUGAUCUGGAUGCUGAGCUCUUUGCGUUGGACCAGGCGACAUUGGAUCAGUAUGCAUAUGAUGCGCCAAGAGAUCUUACGGGGUACAAAAAAAUGGGUGCUCUCAAGACCGACGAUGGCAAUGUCGACCAUAUGCAUCUGUACAGCAUCAACCAGGAUGACAUACUUGGCAACCGGCCGGCUCGGGUCAAUGCUCCACCCAUCGAGGAGAAACGUGCGGAGAUCCAGACCUUUAUUCGGGAAGCCUCUGCCGCGCUGCGAAUUAUCCUCGCCACUCUGAAUCAUGAGCUGGGUCUUGAGUCAGGCACAUUGGAGAAACUCUGUCCCUUGGGCCAGGAAUCCGAGACCAGUGUGCGCUUACUCUGCAGUCCUCCACAAUCCGGAACCCCAACCGAAGACACGGCCAAGAAGAUCACGUUAGGUGGCCAUACCGACAUCGGAAUACUAACCCUCCUCUUCCACGUCGUCGGGGGCUUGCAGAUUCUCCCCGCAGGCCAGGAGAACAUCUACAAGAAUUGGCGAUACGUGCCCCCGGUGCUGGGCUGCGCAUUUGUCAAUGUUGGGGAUACGCUGGUGGAGUGGACGGGGGAGCUGCUGCGCAGUUCUUUGCAUCGGGUUGUCGCGGCCCCCGGGAGGCAAGCGGGCAUCCCGCGACGGAGCGUGGCGUACUUGGUCCGGCCGGCGAAGCAAGCGAGUAUGCAACGGCUGCAGGGGGGCAGGAUUCCCCCGCUGGCGAAGGGAGAGGCAGAGGAGACGAGGCCGGUGAAUGAGUGGGCGGCUUGGCGGUCACAGCAGAUUAUGCUGGGGACGCUGAAGCCGCAGACCCGAGGGGGUGUGAGGCCUGUUGUAAUAUAA